AACUUGUGUCUCUAUCUUGUACUCCAAACUUGUACUUUUAACUUGUUUUUUGUGCUUUUAACUUGUGCUUGUACUUUUAACUUGUUUUUAGUGCGCUUUCAACUUGUGCUUAUAACUUGUGCUUGUACUUUGUACUCUUAACUUAUGCUUUUAUCUUGCGCUUUUAACUUGUGCCUCAGACCUGUACUUUUAAUCUGUUUUUUAUGCGUUUAACUUGUGCCUUUAUCUUGUACUUCAAACUUGUACUCCAAACUUGUACUUUUAACCUGUUUUUUGUACUUUUAACUUGUGCUUUUAACUGGUGCCUGUACUUUGUGCUCUUAAAUGGUGCUUUAAUUAUUCUGUGCUUCAAACUUGUACUUUUAACUUGUGUUUUGUGCUUUUAACUUGUGCUUUUAGCUUGUGC